UACCUGCUCUGCGCCUCCGGGGACUUCGUGAAGGUGUACAGCGUGACCACCGAGGAGACCCUGCGGCUCAUGGGCGGCCACGCCGACCUGGUCACGGGCAUCCAGCUCAACCCACACAACCACAUGCAGCUCUAUUCUUCCUCUCUUGAUGGCAGCAUUAAACUUUGGGACUUCAUGGAUGGGAUUCCCAUUAAAACUUUCACUGUAGGAUGCAAACUUCUGGCACUGUACACGCUUCCCAGUGCUGAGGACUCGGUGUUUGUUGUAAUUCCAAAGAAGGGUGAACGAGAUACAUUCCAGCUGGUCUCUGUGAAGCUGACAAAAGGAGCAGGCCAAGAUCUGGAAGCCAAGGAGCUGUCAGUGGUUCUGGAUGGUGUGGGGGCAUCAGCGAAGCAGAUUGCGUUUGGAAGAGAAGGUGAAUAUGUGGCAUCAGUGAAAGAGGUUAAUCUCCAAGUUUAUUUCUUUAAACGGAAACUGUUGAACAGGUUUUCUUUGCGUGCAGUGAAGACAAAAGGUGGAGACAAUCAGUUCAGCUGCGUGGCGUGCCACCCAACAGAGGAUUGCAUUGCAACUGGCCAUGCUGAUGGAAAGAUUCGCCUCUGGAGGAAUUUCCACCACAAGAAGGAAUACACAUAUUCUGCACUGCACUGGCAUCAUGAUAUUGUCAUGGAUCUGGCUUUUUCCAUGGAGGGAACCAGGUUGCUGAGUGGUGGAGUUGAAUCAGUUCUGGUCCAGUGGCACAAUGAGUCAUCGUGUCAGAAGGAUUUCCUGCCUCGUUUGGGGUCUCCCAUUGAGUGCAUCUCCAUGUCAUCUGACGGCGCGCUCUGCUGCACCUUGCACACAGACAACAGAAUUACAAUAAUCAACAGCAACCUAAGGUUUUCCAGAAGUAUUCAAGGGCUAAUCAAAAGUAGGGAUGUCAAGACUGGCCUAGUGGUUGAUCCUAGAACCAAAGCUCUGGUCAUGAAUGGAGAGCCUGGCCACUUGCAGUUCUAUUGCCUCCAAAGUGACCAACAGCUGUUCAGUUUGGACAUUGUGCAGCGCCAGUACAUCCACGAGGCAGGUCUGAAGCAAUCUGACCUGGUGAAGGUCGCAUUCAGUGCCCAGGGAACCUGGUUGGCCACAGUAGAAGAGAGAGAAGAAGUGACAGACCCCGAGUUAGAGCUGAAGCUGUGGUUCUAUGAGGAAGAAACACAAAGCUUUAAGCUGAAUACUAGGAUAAAUACACCCCAUGACAACCACAUCACAGACAUGUGCUUCCGUGACAUGGGUGAACUGGAAGAUGACUCUCUGAUACUGGUAACAACUGGCAGAGACUGUGUGUUUAAAGUCUGGGUGAUGGUAGAAGACACUGAUCCAGAAGCACAGCAAAGUGUGAGCUGGAGCUGUGACUUUGUAGGCAGCUACCACAACUACCAAGCUACUAACUGCUGCUUCUCAGAAGAUGGUUCUCUGCUUGCUGUUAGCUUUGAAGAAACUGUCACUGUUUGGGAUUCUGUCACUUGGGAUCUUAAGUGUACGUUCUGCCAUCCACCUGGAAAUAUAAGGAACAUCUGCUUUGGGAGACUAACAUGUUCCAAGUACCUUAUUGGUGCCACUGAUUAUGGCUUUCUGUGUUGCUGGAACCUGCUCACUUGUGCAUUGGAGUGGAGUGCCCACCUCAACAUCGUAGUUCUGCAACCCGAUCCCCUUUCGGAACAUAUCGCUGCGGUCUCGUGGCUCUCCAAAGAGUCCAGCUUGUUUGUGUUUAAACCAAAUGAGCCACGGCCGAUCUAUAUCCAGAGAAACCUUUGUAAAGAAAAGAUCCUCCUUGCUGCCUUUGUUCCAAGAGAUGAACCUGAAACAACUGGCUCAGAAAAAUACCUUUGGCUAAGAAGAUCCCAACUAUUUUUUCUUACGGAUACACAAGAGCUAAUGACACUUAGCACAAAGCCUUUGGGAGAACAGCUUACACCGUCAAGCAAACAGCUGGCAGUAGAAGAAAGCCUCCCCGUGACCCCGUUCAGUUUGCUGUUGGGAAAGCACAGACGUCAGCAAUCACAAGAGGAUAUAGACCUUGGAAAACUAGUUGUUCAUACUAAGCAUGAACAAGCUUCACCUGCUGUCAAAGAGCUUUUGCACACUCCAGCACACGUUUUGCCAUCUGCUUCUUUCCUCUGCCCUAUAUUUAUUAAUUCAUUGCUCAUCUCCAAAGAGAACAAAAGUACUGAAGAAGUUGCUGAUGAAGUAGAAAUGGAAAGUGAAAAAACAGAAGAUGAUUCAGAUGAGGAAAGAGAUGUUACAGAAAUGGAACAAGAAGAUACAAGCCAUAUGGAAUUAUUAGGAGAGAUGACAUGUAAACUGUCUAAAUCCCAGGAAAAAGAGCUAAGAAAAAUAAGAAAAAUGGACUACAGUUGGAUAUCAGCCUUCUAAACAGACAAUCCUUUGUGGAUUCAAUAUUCUUAAAAAAAAUCUUUCAGGCCCUUGGGCCAUAAGUUUUAGCAGCCUCUCUUUCCAAAGGAAAGCAAAAAGGGGGGCAGGGGAUUAAAGUUUUAAAAAGCUGAUUCUGCUCCUAUUUUAUUGCUGAUUCUCUGUGACCUUAGAAAACGUUUAACCUGGUCUUGGGGCUUUUUUUUUUUUUUUUCCCCUUGCAAGUAUAUUUAAAAGGCUAAUAGCAAAACUGAGUUCAUUAUCUUGUGAUCAGUGAGCAAAGUGACAGCUCAGCUGCUGAAAACCUCCCCCACUGAGGCCAGGCUAAUGCUGCCAAAGCAACAGCAGCAAACACCUUCAGUUAGUGAGACAGCUUAGUUCAAGGUCUGGCAGGGGAAAUCAGGGGUCUGUGUGCAGGUAACAAAUCUCCUCACCAGAAGUUCCUCUCCAGGCAUUGAGACAGGUGACAAGUGGUUUUAUAUGCCUGAUUUGAGAAUACAGAUAUUAUUGUCUGCUGGUGUAUGGAGAUUCUCAGGCAGGGGUACUUCUGUGUAGCAGAGCAUAAUGAAGCCUUUCCAAAUAUGAAGACCACUGCACCAUGUAGAAGGAGAUGUAACCUCUCAACUUGACAGCCAGCUUAGUAGGCCUCUCAUGCAUCAGCUCGAGUUCCUGAAUAUCACUGAACUAUACAUAUCAGAGUGUAGAGUUAGUUUGAAGUACAAAUUGAAUAGUCUCCUGUGGUGUUGCAGUAUGAAGGCAAGCAGAUGGAAAUGGCACAGGUCACUAAAAGCUCUCAGAAAACAAUAUUUUGCUAAAACUACUCAGAUCAAAAAGGUUGGAAAUGGGAGCAGAUCCUACAACUCUUGUCAGCAAAACCCAUGUUCUCCCCACUUUACAUCUGCCUUUAAACUGAAAACCUUUCCUCCCUCUCCUUUCUUAACACCAUAUAUUGGAAAAUGAUUAGCAACAAUGCUUUUUACUUUUUUGGGGGGGGACAUAUCCUACAAUAGGCAAAAUCUGUCACUUCUGUCAUGAAUAGAAAACACUGAUAUUCAUCCUUAAGCAUCAACGAAAGCACUUCAGGAGGGUUUUGCUGGAAGGUUUAACUUCCCCCAUUUUAACAUGAAUGCAAAUGUUUGCUUCCAGUGAGCAGUGCUGACAAGUCAUACAAUAAAGUUAGGUACCAUA